UGCCUGCGAUACGCUCGUGCACGUUCCCGCAGGCAUGGCGUGUGCUACCUAAACUACGAAAAUAUUACUGCCGGAGUGGUUGCGCUCGGUUACCGUCGCGGCAGUUGUGGCUGCGUAAAAUUUACGCGAAAUGUCUGCCUAUUAUACGUGACACAAAGUGAGCGUCGCGUUUGUGUGGUCGCUUUCCUUGGCACGCGUUGGAAAUGCGAGACGGAGGCGCAGCGACGCCUGCCGAUUCCUAGCGUCAUGGCAACUGCUGCAUGUUACAGCUCGCUCUUCGCACAGUACGCGUAGGCAAAGUUGAGCGCUAGUCCCGAUAUCAAUCUUACGAAUACCACCGACAUGACCUCUUACAUCUAAAGUGACCUCAAACAUGCAUGUCUUCAUACAUAAACUAGACUGCACGCCGAGGGACGUGUCAAGUCUUGUUCCGCUUGUUACAAGGGUCAACAUUGAUUCGCUUUACCAACUCUCGUAAUGUAGCGCUUCGGUUGUUAUGUUAUGCAGGAAGUGGGACAUAAGUUGCGCUGUCAGUAUUGACACGUCUCACUAUGACCGAAAUAGUUUGCCAACUCGGCGCCGAGUUCCUCGAGUUCACAAACGGACAAUCACCCGCUGCGGCGGCUGUAAAACGGUAGUGCAUGCAAAACUGUCGCACAGCAUCGAUUGCGCAAGACAGUUCUGACACAGUUAACUCUCGCACGCUGCCGUCGUGGCCUCUGUGACACUGUGAGCCUUAUCUGAUGGCGCGCGCGCCUUUCUCGUUCUCACCUGAAGGAGCAGUGCCCGGCCGAUAAUUGCGGCGAAAAGCGGUGGGCGCGCGAGGAGCAGCGGAGCGUUGUGGUGCCUGCGUGCAACACACGCUCGCCUCUUGCAAUGACUAGCGCUCAUUGUAAUUUACGACGUCCACAGCUGCGCUGCCCAUAAAUCGCAGUACUGCGCACUCGCGCGCCUGUCGCUUCGGUCGGGCGCGCACCGCGCCAGCCCGUCUCGAGUCACGAUACCGUGAAAAGAGCGGCCACAACCUGCAAUGCGGCCCCCCUCGGCUUUAUGUGCUUUAUAGCGCCUGCGCGCGCGUUGUGCACGCAGCCAUGGCGCAGGUUGCUUGCGUCUUCGGCGGCACUCGCGGAAUCGGAAUCGCCGUGGCGCAGCGCUUCCUGAGGGCGGGCAGCCCCGUGGCCGUCUUCUCUCGGGACCAGAAGAACGUCGAAGAGGCCCUAAAAGAACUAGCAUCGGAACCCGGCGUUGUGCAUGGACGCAAAUGUGACGUCCGCAAUGAAGCGAGCGUGAGAGAGGCCCUGGCUUGGACAGAAGAGCAGGUCGGUCCUGUGCACUACCUCGUGACGGCAGCUGGCAUUGGCCUUGAUCGCCUGCUUGCCCAAACAAGCGAGGCCGACAUCCGGAAUCUUCUUGACACCAAUGUCAUUGGCACACUGUUCUGCGCCAAAGCGGCCUUGAAGGCGGGAAUGCUGCGCCGCCGAGAGGGCUCCAUUGUCAAUGUGGGCAGCGUCGUCGGUGAACGAGGCAAUGUUGGCCAAACUGUCUAUUCUGCCAGCAAGGCUGCCCUAGUGGGCCUGACUCGCUCGUUGGCCAAAGAAGUUGCCUCUCGGAACAUCAGAGUCAACAUGGUUCAGCCAGGUUUCAUAGACACUGGCAUGACUCGCGCGGAACACUUGCAAGCAGUGGUGGGCCGCAUCCCCUUGCAGCGGGCUGGCCGUGCCGAGGAAGUGGCACGUGCGGUGCAUUUUUUGGCAAGCAGCAGCUACAUGACGGGGCAGGUACUGCCCGUGGACGGGGGCCUCAGGUUGGCCAUGUGAAGAGCGCAAUUAAAACCGCUCAGGCGCACGGGGCGGUCCCGGCACGCACCAGGGCCGCCCAGGACAGGCCAUGGGACAGCACCAGGGGAAGCAAGAGUUCGGCCCCUUCCCAGGGCCAGGGCUUGCCGACGUUCGGGCAGCAGCGCAUCGCCGGGCAUGGGCUGGUUGCCCACACGGCUGCGCAAACACAGGAGGAACGCAGAGAUGUGACCCAUCCGGUCCUGGAGUUCGAGUUCGCCAACUUUCCUGAGAGAACAGAAUAUGCAGCAGUGCAUGGAUGAAGCACUUUCACCUGACUGCUGUUUCAUAUCAUUUACUUACAUCGUUGGUCCCCAUGGUUUGGGUUGAUACAGACUUAGUAUUAGCGCAAGCUAGAAUGUGAUAGAAAAAUGAACGAGGAACCUUAAUAUGGUAGCUAAUGUGACGCAUCCAUUGUUUAUGCUCACAUUUGUGGAUAAAUACAUUGUGGAAAGAGUUCUUGCCAUGCCAUUCAGUGCACGUCAUGGAGAUUGAAGCAUGAGGAACAUACAAAGGUUCACAUUUAUACCGCGCAGGAAAAGAGAAAGAAAAAAGUAUGUUGUGAAUGCAGUACAAUGUACUGUGUUCACAAGAAUGUAGGUACUAUGAAAAUUGGUGUUGUCUGCUGCUAAGGCAAGGGACUAAAUGGAUUUUCAGAGUGACGUAAUAUAUUACCAGGUGGAAAAUUUUAUUGUGCUAUUGUUUUUUGAAAGAAUGAAUAUUAAAACGGUUUACAGUU